CUCCAACGGUCAGCACAUCAGAGCGUUCCAGCGCGCCAAAUCCAAAUCCUCUCAAAUCAAUAUUUAGAAAAGCGAAGAGAGAGAGAAAAAAAAAAAAAAAAACGCGCUCUUUUUUUCUAUCUCUCUAGGGUUCCGGCAGCGGAGGCGGCGAGAGAUGGAGGGAGCUCCUGGCGGCGGCGGAAGCCACCAGAGCUCUCAAUCAAAAUUGGCGGUGCGCGAGCAUGAGAGAAGCCUGCCGGUUGCGAACGUUUCUCGCAUCAUGAAGAAGGCCUUGCCUCCCAACGCAAAGAUCAGCUUGGAGGCCAAAGACUUUGUCCAGGAAUGCGCAACCGAGUUCAUCAGCUUCAUCACCAACGAAGCAAGUGAAAGGGGCCAAAUAGAGAAGAGGAAGACACUAACUGGAGAUGAUGUGUUAAAUUCUCUGGACACCUUAGGAUUUGAGGAUUACGGUGAGCCACUCAGAGCAUAUUUGAUGAAAUACAAAGAGUCUUAGCUUGGAAUUGCAUCUGGGUCUUGCUGGUGCAAGAUGAAAGCAUAGCUCCAACAGCUUCUCUUUGUGUUUGUAUAAGAUGAAUUUUUAUAAUUAUUUAUCGUAGAUAAUAUGGGCAAGUGUUUUAGGUUUUUUAGUGCAAGUACAUUGACAUAAUAGUGCAUUAUAUUGAUGCUCUUGUAUGAAAUUUUUCCAUUUUCUUAGACAGGUACGCAUAAAU